CAUCGGAUUUGAGACCUUUCCUAUUUCACCAUUUAUAUGCUAGCAUUGAAUUACAUGGUAAAACAAUUUGAGAAGGAGAAAAAGAAGGAUCCCCUGCGCACUAUUGUCGUUCGUCUGGCUCAGCUCAGCACGCACACGCACACGUGUUACGAGACAAAAUCUUCCUCGUUCCUGGUGUGGGAGACUAGCGAUAUUGCCUUAAGGAAAGCUUCUGCGUCACCGUUUUCCUAACAGUUUGCAGGUUUGUCUCCGUCCAUCAUUGUCCAGGCCAACACUUUGAAGUUCCACAAUUUGUUCAUCUUCCGCAUCUCUGACAUCAUAGUUUAUUUCUAUUUUAUUUCUUCCAUUGUAAAAUCCGAAAAGAAUAUAAAUUCAAAUUAAUUCAUUUUUCUUCUCACUAUAAUAUUCAAUAAAAUACUCAUACAAUCUCAAUCCUAACUCAUUCUCUCGUCCGCGUCAAUUGCAUGAUCCAAGUUUAGGUGACUUUGAGAUUUAAAAAAUUACUUUAAAAAAAUAAAAAUUUGCACUGUAAUUCUGGGUGAGGGAAGAUAUUGAGUUCAUGAUUGGGUGUAGGCAUGUCAAAGGGUCAAGUAUAGACACGAAAAAGUCAAACUAGAGGAAUAUACUAUGACAAGAGUAAUACCAUUUACCCAUACCCAUUAUUUUUUAAAAUAAAGAGUCAGGUGUAAGACAAGUAGUCCCAACUUGUUUAAAACUCAUACCAAUUACAUAAAUAGAUAAUAUUAAAUAUUACAAAACCCUACCCCUUUCUAUGAUGGAUGUGUGACUUCCAAAUCUAUUUGUUUUUAUUUCAUCACAUUAGAGACUUGUACACGUUGAAUUAUGCAAUAGUAUGAAAUAAAUAAUUUGAAAUUAGUUGUAAUGUUAAAAAGAAUAUUCAUGCAACAUGAAUCUAAGAUUUUCUAUCCAAAUUUCUUGUAAAAAAGAGUUAUUUUUGUUACAAUGCCUUAUACGUCUUAUUUUUAUUUGAAUUGAUUUAAGAUGUUUUUCAUUUUUAGUGUUUUCAAUAAUUUUUUAAAUUAUAGAAAAUUAAAAAUGUCAACAUUUAUCACGAGUAUAUCCAAUCCAAUAUCGAGACCUAAUGAAUCCAAAUCCAAGAUUAAACUUCAAGACCCAUCCAGUAAAUAUAUAUAAAUCAGGAUCAUUUUUUUUGAAAGAGUAAGAUAUAGAACACUAUGGACCAGCCCAUAAACUUGAUCCAUACAGAGAAAAUUAAUUCAACCCAGAUCAAUUCCACAACUUCAAAUCAAUUUCAAUCAAAUUGGAACAAGCUCAUCCAUAAAAAGUUCAAAUCUUAUUUAAAAAAAUUAGACGAAAAAAACAGAGUCAGUACAAAAAUGUAAUCCAAUCAUGUGGCAAGAAGAUGAAGAAAAGAGAAUCUCCUUGGCGAGUUUAUUGGUAAAGCUGGAGCUUUCAACUCCAUUGCUAUUGCAAACUAAGAAAUUGCCUCAAAACACUGAGUUGUCUAGGGACAGAGUGAGUUUGCGUUUAUUGAAAUUCAAAAAUCGAAUUCAAUUGAUUGAAAACAUUUUUCACAGAAUGAGAAAUCCAAUGAAUUGAAAUCAUUUACCAGGAAAUAAAGGGCUUGAAAGAUCACUGGAAACAGAUUACAAUCAAGCGAGUGAUUCUGGAUUUCAUAUCGCAAGUUUUGAUUCUUUAAUAUUGUCCGGAUCGGGAUGUGAUUUCGAAACCCGGACAAGAAGCUGACUUGCUUGAAUACGUAAAGAAAUUGCUUAAGGAGAAAAAAUACGGGAAAAAAAAAAAUCGGAAUCCGGCGUCCGCCAUUGACAAACAGAAAAGAUUAAUCUACGCCGAUAAAAGACGGCGGCGGGUGGCCGGGGACUAGGGUUUAGUCCGUCGAGUGCUUGUUAGGUAGAGGAAGGCGAUAGCAUAAAUAGGGAGCUGAAAU